AUGAAUAAAUUAGAAAUAUUAAAUAGUCCUAGAUUAACCACUCAAACAGAACAUGUCAAAAAAUCAUUCUACAGCAGAGAUAUAAAAAGUGAUAAAAAUUUCGAAUCAUCUUCUUAUCAUCAAAGAACUUAUAAAAAUGAGGGUAGAAGGAAAUAGAGAGACUAUCAUACAUAAACGAAUAUUUAAUAUAAGCAAAUCAAACAAAACUAAAUAUUUUACAAUCAGAAAGAUAGUUUCAUUCUAAAAAAGUGA